CGAAGUGUCAAACAGCGCAAAAUAUGUCGCGAUAGUGGUCGACGCGACGUUGUUUUCAUUCACUAUUUACGUGCGUGUAAAAUGGCAUCAGAUACUCGUGUGUUACGGACUUGUGGUUUAAUAUUGUAUGUUUUAUUUCACGUGAACGCUUCGUUUGACAACAAUGCGGAACCACGGAUACUUUCAUUGAAAAUUAAUAGUAAGAUAUGUGAAGAGAAUACAUGUAAAUAUUUUUUAAAUGUGAGCGGUGGUGAAUUUGUCGGUCAUUAUUCAUGGAGGCUGACCCCGUUGGCGGCUGCACAGGGUGGUAACUGUGACGUCAUUCACCCCAAUCACGAGAUUAAAGAGAUUACAAGUGAAAAAUAUAUUACGACGUUGCAAAUAAUUUUACCAAAUCGCAGUGGUAAAAUAUACUUUUGCGUCCGUUACGAUGAUGAAAAAAACAUACCGUUCGGCGGCAAAUGGGUUCAUCAGGGUGUGGAGUAUUACUUGGACCCGAAAAACGACGUAGUCGCACUGGAAAGCCUACCCUUAAGUACCCCAUCUCGAAAUGGCAAAAGUCCAAACGCCAAAAUCGAAGAGAGCACACCCCGGCCCGAUCUGUCACGGGACAUAGCCAUAAACUACUUGCCUAAUGUACCGAAAGUUUCUCACAAUGAAAAGCGAGAUAUUGAAGUGCUCGUUCAAGAUAAAUACGUGUCUUCAAACGACUUGCAGCGAGCUACCAAACUUAAUGAUCGGACUGUCUUCGAACAAACAGGUUACCCUGGCAGAUAUAAAAGAAAUGUUGUGGGCGAUAAAAGAACAAACGCUAGGCAAGGUCAAGAAAAUGAAGCUUACAACGAAGAUGAUUACAAAAUUGACCCUUAUGGCAGAACCAGUAGUAGUAUAGAUGACGAUACUGAACUAAUUCAUAAAUUAGAUAUUAAUACAAGUAGUAGUACUAAUCAUCCUAUUACUAAACAUAAUAUAGAAGGUCUAAAGAGAAAUCAUACAACGAAUAAAGUAAAACCAAAAGUAUCGAAAAUUCCUUCAUCCGUUAUACGUAAGAGAAAUUUAGAAACGAUACUCAAGGAGUUCUAUAAAGACAAUAAUUUUACAACGGAUGCAUAUAAAAAGAGUAAACAUAAGCAAGAUAAGGUGAAGUCAGAAGCUAGAGCUUCUGUCCUAGGCCUUAACGAUGGAGCUAAUGCAGGUCCAGGUAAAGUAAGGAAGCCACGGCAGUCGGAUAUGUUGGAGUUUACGAGCGUCCGGGCCGAACAAGUACCCGUGAUUGUUGAGGGGAUCAGGGUUGAAGACUCCGCCAAAGAUCCUAACAUUAUAGAAGGCGGCAUACCUAGUGUGCAAGCCUCAACUAUCGUCACUUUACGGCUAUUCGGCGAAGGACUGACGCCCCGGACUGUGAUUGCGUUCACGCACCACGAGCAAACAUACGGCCAGCCCUGCAAGUUUCUUCUUAAAGGGGAAUAUACGGUAAGAGAAGGAUCUCUGGGGCCAAGAACAGCACUAUUCGAUAUAAAAGCGCCGGCGCAAGUGUCCGAACAAAAACUUUACAUCUGCGCGAAAAAUCUGCGACCCGGUCUCACAGACCCCACCAAAGACGAGGAGAAAUAUGUUCACCAAGGAAACGACCCGUUCAAAAUUUUCGCCAUUCACAGCCCCCUACUGCCUCUAUGGGCUUCCAUGAUCCUCAUACUGGUGUGUCUGACGUUCUCGGCGUUGUUCUCCGGGCUAAACCUUGGGCUCAUGUCGUUGGAUCGGACCGAGCUGAAGAUCAUAUCCAACACCGGCACGGAACAGGAGAGGAAGUACGCCCGGGCCAUAAUGCCGGUGAGGGAUCACGGCAACUACCUGUUGUGCAGCAUUCUUCUGGGUAACGUGGCUGUCAACUCAACUUUCACGAUAUUGUUGGACGAGCUGACGUCGGGGCUGUUCGCGGUGAUAUUUUCUACCCUGGCUAUUGUGUUGCUGGGUGAGAUCACGCCGCAGGCGAUCUGCUCCAGGCACGGGUUGAUGAUCGGCGCCAAGAGCAUCAUGAUCACUAAGUCUGUAAUGGCAUUGACGGCUCCAAUGGCGUUCCCAGUCAGCAAACUGCUAGAUUAUUUCCUGGGUGAGGAAAUAGGCAGCGUCUACAACAGAGAACGGCUGAAGGAGCUUGUUAAGGUGACGACAGACGUGAACGACCUGGACAAAGACGAGGUGAAUAUCAUCUCCGGCGCGUUGGAGCUGCGCAAGAAGACCGUCUCGGACGUGAUGACCAAGCUGGAGGAUGUGUUCAUGCUGCCCAUCAGCAGCGUGCUGGACUUCGAGACCAUGUCCGAGAUCGUCAAGUCUGGUUACUCCCGUAUCCCGGUGUACGAGGGCGGCCGCGGUAACAUCGUGACGGUGCUGUUCAUCAAGGACCUCGCGUUCGUGGACCCCGACGACAACACGCCGCUGCGCACGCUCUGCCAGUACUACCAGAACCCCUGCAACUUCGUCUUCGAGGACGUCACGCUUGAUGUAAUGUUCAAGCAGUUCAAAGAAGGUCACAAGGGCCACAUGGCGUUCGUGCAUCGCAUCAACAACGAGGGUGAGGGCGACCCCUUCUACGAGACCAUCGGACUCGUCACCCUCGAGGACGUCAUCGAGGAGAUGAUACAGGCGGAGAUCGUCGACGAAACAGACGUGUUCAUGGACAACCGCACGAAGCGUCGUCGCAACCGUCCGCAGAACAAGCUGCAGGACUUCGCGGCGUUCGCGGAGCGGCACGAGAACCAACGCAUUCACAUCUCGCCGCAGCUCACGCUCGCCACCUUCCAGUUCCUCAGCACCAGCGUGGACGCGUUCCGCCCCGACACGGUGUCGGAGACGGUGCUGCGGCGCCUGCUGCGGCAGGACGUCAUCCACCACAUCAAACUCAAGGGCAAGACCAAGAAGGACCCCACCACAUACGUCUUCCAGCAGGGGAAACCGGUGGAUUAUUUCGUGUUGAUCCUGGAGGGCCGCGUGGAGGUGACGGUGGGUCGCGAGAACCUCGUGUUCGAGGCGGGACCCUUCACGUACUUCGGCGUGCAGGCGCUCACGCAAAACGUCGGCGUCGCGGAGUCCCCGACGCCGUCUGCGAUGGGCUCGCUGCAGAACAUCAACAUGGACUCGAUGCUGCGCCACACGUUCGUGCCGGACUACUCCGUGCGCGCCAUCACGGAACUCUUCUACCUCACCGUCAAGCGGACCCUUUACUUGGCGGCGAAACGCGCCACACUCAUGGAGAAGGGCGCGCUGUCCAAAGGCGCCAUCAACGAACAGUUCGACAACGAAGUGGAUAAAUUAUUGCAGUCGGUAGAUGAAGACAUCAGCAUAAGUGGAGAACACAAAACACCUUCCAGACAGGUGUCGCCGCACGCGCUGCCGCCGCCCGCGUCUGCGAGUGCGCACACGCGCGCCUCCUUCACCUCGCCCGACCGCAACGGGGACGUGUUCGCGCGCGCCGACGAGCAGGAGAAACUACUCAAGUAACACACAUACACUUUACAUCGGGAUACAAGUCUUUGGGCUAUGAUUAGGGACCUUAAAACAGAACACGGAUAAAUAACUAAAGAAUCUUUAUACUUUUACGUUUUUAAGAAAUCUUCGCCAUAACUUAACUUCCGAAAUAAUGUUUACUGAUGCCAAAAUCACAAUCAUUACCGCCUUUGUACAUUACAAACUGAUAAAAUUAUUACUUACGAACAAAACUACUUACUUAAAUGUACUUAAUUUGUUUAUCUCAUAUAUUAACUUCAUAGAAAUAAUUACAAAAAUGCUUAUCCAAGUCGAUGUAUGUACUUAAAACAUCCUGUCGAAUUUGAUCUUGCAUUUGCCAAAUAAUGACGGUUAUAAGUACAUUUACACAACUGUAUCAUAACUAUAUGGGGAAAAUAGUCAUAAUAGGAAUUAUCUAAGUCAGGUUUAAAUAAGUAAGUUUUUUAAAUAGUUAACAUGAGUUGUAAUAAUAUAUUAAUGAAUAAAUUAUAAUCAGUAUUAUGUUAUACGAAAAUUAACUUAUUUAAAGUAAACAUCCAGUAAAAGAGACGGGUCAAGCCUCACCAUAUUGUAAAAAUAUUUUUCGUUAUUAUUUAUGUCGUUUUUUUUAUUAAUAUUGCAUUUGUAUUAGAUAAUAUUUGUUAUAAUGGCAAAUCCCGUCUAGUUUAAUGGAUGCUUACUAUUAUUGCAUUACACAUUGAGUGCUGCCGCCUCAGUGACCGAAUUUUAUUUAUAAUAUUUGUAACAUUUGUUGUAUUUUAAUGCCGGCCGUACACAGCCUGAGAGAUUGCAACGUGUCCAAACUGUUCAAUUUCGUCGAUCUUUAGAACAUGUGUGGCAGCGAAACCAGUCCGAAUCCCGUCGGACUGACAGCCAUUUUCAAUAAACUUUCCAAUCUCAAUCCGAUUCAGAGAAUAAACCAAUGAAAAUAAGUAAUUUGUAAACAUGUCAAAAAAUCUUUGUUCUGAGUGAUCCAUUUUGAGAUAGAUCAAGAAAAGCGAUUAGGAUCGUUUAUUGAAAAUGGCGGUUAAUAAAGUCACGGUUGCGACACAAUAUUCCUAGAUUUAGCAGUAUUACGUACGUGUAACCCCAUAAGAUAACACAUUAUAGAACUAAAAUAUGAUGACUUGAAUGACUGCAUACAAAUAUCUUAAUACCUACGAUACUCUUAGAAAAAUAGUACCUAUUUUAAAAUGUCACAAAGAAAUAAUUGCAUUUCUCGAUGAAUAAAAUAGGUGCCGUAGAUUACAAAAAUAUUUUACACUCUUGAUAACGGAGGAAAUUCUCAGAGUACUUUAAAGUUUAUAUUAAGUGUGGUGAGACGGAACGCUGGUCACACAGCGGUGUUGUGCGUUUAUGGUUGAAAGCAAGGCUUUUAUAUGAACGUAAAGUAAUAUUAUGUAAAUAAUGUGAUAAGUAGUCUAGAUGUUAGAUCAAUGUUAACCAUGCAGAGUGCGGCGGCUGAGGACUGAGAACACAUCAAUUGUUAAACACCGGUACUCUCUUACGUAAUGCGUUUUCUCUUUGGGACUCAGUGGAAUUAUUCUUAUCGCACUUUGAUUUAUUGGACGAACAAACAUGUUUUGAGUCUUUAUAUUCCAAUUUCUACUAUUUUAUUAAUAUUUUACUUUUGUGUAAUAUUUUAUUUUCAACCCCCAGCCGCAGUGCGUGUACAAUAGAAAUAAGAACAAUUGUGUAUGUUAUUGUUACAUCAAUAAAUUGUAUUAUUGAGUAUAAAA